AUGUCCUCCGGCAAGGGUGUGUCCGAAUUCCCAAAUUUGGAAGCUAAGCUCCAAAAACCGACCAAGCAGUCCCUUUUUGAGAAGCAAAAGAUAGAGGCCGAAGCCAAACGACUACGAGAAGAAGCCGAGACCGCUGCCGUUUACAACGAGUUUGUCAAGAGCUUCGACCGCGACGAUGAUUACGAUGGCCACAACGCGCCCAGCUCUUCAAUGCCUCCGCGCCCGCGACCUGGAUUUGGAGGCCCGCCACCCCCUUCCGGACCUGGUAGACGACAUUUCGGCACAUCAGGACUGAAAAGUGGUCCGGGAAGCUUGGGACCGCCGCCGCCUUCGUUCGGAAAGAAGCGCUCUUUCCAGGACUUUGCGCGGGCGCCGCGCGACAAGGGAGUACUGGGAUACGAUGAGGGCAGUAGUAGCGGAGGGCCGACCCCAGCAUCCAGGGCCUUUAACACGAGCGAUGACGAGGAUAUGGGUGAUGUAACAGAUCGAGCUGAAGAGAAGGCUAUCGCAAAGCCCACAUUAAGACUCUCCAACAUACCUCCCGGAACCUCACCAGCUACGAUCAAAGCACUGAUCCCCGAGAAUCUGACAGUUGAGAAUGUCAAUAUCACACCAUCCACUGGCUCUGGGGGCUCGGAACGAAAACAUGCUGUUUCGAUUGUGACACUAUCGCAGGACACACCCGCCAAUGAGAUAGAUGCAGCCGUAACUACAUUGCAGAACCGAUACAUGGGCUACGGAUAUUAUCUAUCUCUUCAUCGCCACCUCUCGUCGGCUGUCGCAAGUUCGCUAGCAUUGCCUAGCAUCGGCUCUUCCUCAACGUCCCACCCAUUUGGGGCGAAACCAGUUGAGCAACCAUCAGGACCACAGAAUCCGCAUACACAACAUGGUUUCCAAAAGGGAUUCGCGCCUCCGACUUCAUACGCCCCCUCAGGCGCUGGUGUCAAUCGGUCAAAUCUGCUACAUGUGCCGGUGAAGCCGCCAUCAAAUGUAAAAACGAUCCAAUUAAUCAGCAAGGUCAUCGAAGGAGUCCUUGAGCAUGGACCAGAAUUCGAGGCUCUAUUAAUGUCACGGCCAGAGGUUCAACGAGAAGAGAAGUGGGCAUGGAUAUGGGACGCAAGAAGUCAGGGUGGUAUAUGGUAUCGGUGGAGACUAUGGGAGAUCAUUGCAGGAUCGCAGCAACGGCAGAAGGGCAAAUAUGUCCCUCUCUUCGACGGUUCGCAUGCAUGGAAGGCCCCGGAGAAGAACCUCAACUUUGAGUACACGACUAGGCUCGAUGAGUUUGUGUCAGAUUCGGAAUACAACUCAUCAGACGAUGAGGAAUUCGAGGACGAGAACAAACGGGAAACUACAGAUCCCGAGUCUGAAAAGACAUUUCUCAACCCGCUGGACAAGGCCAAACUCACACAUCUUCUGGCGCGAUUACCGACAUCGAUGUCAAGGCUAAGAAAAGGCGAUGUCGCGAGAGUGACAAGCUUUGCGAUCACCCAUGCUAGCCGUGGAGUUGACGAAGUUGUGGCAAUGAUCACUUUCAAUGUCGAGAAACCACUUGCUCUUACCGGUGCUAAUCCCGACAAAAAGUCGGAUGCGAAAGAAAUACAGCCAGGCGCACAAGAAGAAGCCUCAAGCAACGAGGGACCCGACGUUAGUGGUGCUAGCCUGGUAGGCUUAUAUGUUGUUAGUGAUAUCCUGUCGUCUUCAUCAACAAGUGUUGUACGACACGCAUGGAGGUUUCGACAACUUUUUGAGACAGCAUUGAAAGAUCGCAAGACGUUUGAGACAUUGGGUCUCAUGGCUGAGCGACUCAAAUGGGGUCGUCUACGCGCUGAGAAGUGGAAGCGCAGUAUUCAUCUUGUUCUAAAUCUUUGGGAGGGAUGGUGUGUCUUUCCGGCCGAGACCCAGGAGCUGUUUGUUCGAAGCUUUGAGAACCCUCCUUCGCUGAUUGCCGCCGAGAAAGAGGUUACGGAAGAGAAGAAGGGCAGAUGGAAGUCAGUCGAAGAUGGACAUGCGCGCGUGCUACCGGUUUCGACGAUGGAAGAAGAGGACGACGUACCGGGCGAGGCUAUCGAAGAAGACGAUAUAAUUGGGGAGCCGGUGGAAGAGGACGAUGUCGAAGGAGAACCCAUUGAUGAGGAUGAUGUCGAGGGCGAGCCUGUCGACGAGGACGAGUUGAUAGGGGAGCCAAUGGACGAGGACGAGGCUCCAGGAGGUGAGCCGCCACCACCGCCCUCAGAACAACCUGCUACUGAGAGCGAAAGUAAGACCCUGGAAGAAUCGCCUCGAGUCGGGCAGCCUAGAAGGCGAAUGCGUGCAGUGGAUAUGUUCGCAGACUCGGACGAUUCUGAUAAGGGCGCAUAG